AUGUUAAAAGAACCAAGGCUGGCGGUGUUGGUGGUUUCCGCUACCAUUUUUGCCCUGGCGACCACCUUCGUCGCCCUUCGCUUCUACUCCAAAAUCAUGAUAGUGAAGAAGUUUCGGCACCACGAUUACUGGAGUCUUCUGGCCUGGAGCAUCGAUUUUGCCUUCUCAUUCUCCUUAUUCUACGCAACAGCUAAGGGCCUCGGACUUCCUGCGGCCGAUAUAAAGCCAGAGAAUCGAGGUAGUAUCACUCGCGCUACCUUUACAUUCACUGUUCUUUAUAACCCAGCUUUAAUGACAGUAAAGACGUCGAUCCUUGUUUUUUAUCUGACAUUCGCCAGAGGUGAAAAGCUUUUUCGACUGGGAACCUACCUGACUCUCUUUGUAGUUAAUGUAUCUGGCCUCGCCUUGACAUUCCUCACUAUCUUCCAGUGUCGUCCCGUGGGUUCCGUCCUGCUGCCAACGCUGCCGGCAACGGCGUCCUGUACCAGUGUGAUCACACUCUAUUUGUCCAGCGCACCAGUGAAUAUAAUCACUGAUAUUGCUAUCCUCUUCCUCCCGAUGCCUAUUUUGACCAAGAUGCACCUGCCGCGGAGGCAGAAAUACAUCCUGAUAAUCACGUUCGGGUUCGGCUUUUUUGUGACAGUCGUCGACGUGAUUCGCAUUGCGUACCUCCAGGAGGCUGUGACAGAGACCCGGCUGACAUCUCAGUCGAGGCCUAUCCAUAGUGGCUCUCUGAUCAGCAUUUCAUCUUCCGCUGCAUUGUCAUUCAUGUGGUCUGUAGUAGAGGUCAAUAUGUCUGUCAUUUGCACUAAUGUUCCACUCCUUAAGCCGCUCAUUGCUCGCAUCAUGCCGCGGAUGAUCGGCGUCAGCGGCAAGAGGCACGGGAGGACGGCCGGUGCAGGAAACCCUCCUCGCGAGAUACAAGGCAUUGGUCCGUCUACGAAUAUUUCCUUAUCCGCUAUCGACCCGGUAAACCAUUCUGGAUCGCGGUGUGAUCACCCCGGCUCCUCAGAUGAGGAUGUGGAUGAUGACAACCUUGCAUUAAGUGGAGUCCAAUCUGCGGAGUUCCAACCCGGCGUCGCUUUUGUGGAGUUUCUACGCUUGAAGAGACCAAAGAACAUGCUCAAGCUCAAUAAUAGAGAAUCCCUGGCACCUAUAGCCUUGGUCACGCUUGUUUUCUGGCUCUGGGGAUUCUCAUAUGGCCUUCUCGGUAACUUGAGUAACCAUCUUCAGGCUGUUCUCGGGCUCGAUACAUGGGAGUCCCUCGGCAUCCAUGCUGCAUACUUCAGUGGCUACCUCGUUAGCCCAGUAACGCUGGGUCGCUGGGUUUUGAAGGGAUGGGGAUACAAGGCUACACUAAUUACAGGCUUAUCUGUUUAUGCCUGUGGGACAUUGAUAUUCUGGCCGUCUGCCGUUCUGUCAUCUUUUCCUGCUUUCAUCGUCUCUAAUUUCAUCGUCGGUAGCGGACUGGGGGUCUUGGAGACGGCAGCCAAUUCCUUCAUCGCCUUAUGCGGCCCACAGGAGAACGCCGAAAUUCGCUUGAAUAUCUCGCAGGGCAUUCAGGCGAUAGCAUCAGUCGUUUCGCCACUACUCUCCGAGGAAGUCCUUUUCAAGAACGUGACAAAUGUUUCAGCUCUAAUCAAUGCGCAGUGGACGUAUCUCAGUAUCGCAUUUUUCGACCUACUUUUAGCUGCAGCGCUAUACUAUCUACCUAUUCCGGAAGCCCCUGACGACGAUCUUGAGCAGAUCGCCAUCCGCUGUCGAGGAGACGGAUCUAGCAAAAUGCUGGGGGUUCCAGUCAUCUGGCUGACUUUGUCCUUGGGUGUUGGCUCACUAUACCUCUAUGUAGCCGGCCAAGAGGUUCUAGCAACCAGCUUUGAGUCUUUGGUGACGGCGUCUAAUCUCCGUUCGAACCUUACGGCCUUUGACUACGUAACAAUUGGUCACACAGUGUUUGCUGUUGGCCGUUUUCUGACCGCCUUGGCACUGUGGUUCCUGAAUCCUCGGUGGGUCUUGAUGAUAGCAUACGCUGGUAUGGUGAUUUUCUCCACGCUUUGCCUCAAGACGUCUGGUUUGACAGCGGUGGCCAUGGGCCUGCUCAUCUACCUAUUUGAAAGUGGUGCCUUCAGCACUCUGUUUGCCAUAUGUCUUCGUGGUAUGGGAAAACACACAAAGACAGCAGCCUCUCUUUUGGCGUCUGCCAUCGGCGGUGGGGCGUUUUUGCCUUUUGUGCAGCGUGCGGUGUCCACGUCUUAUGGGGUGUCGUACUCCUACAGCGUCCUUGUCGCUAUCUUCAGCACCGGGGCCAUUUUUCCAUUAUAUUUGAACCUUGCGCCAGCUGCUAAAAGGCAGGUAGAUCCAGUGGCCCAUACCUACGAGGACAGCCAGCUGCAAGUCCUAUGCUAUAAGACGAAAGUUAUUCUAGUUGUCAUGCGGAUGGAGUAA